CCUCCUCGCUCGUCUCCUCGUCUCAUUGCUCUGGAUGCCAGUGGCUCCGAGUCAUGGAGGAGGCGGCAGUCACACACCAACCAGGAGCGCCAGUCCUCCUGUUUCAAGACGAGGACGAGGGCGAAGUGACCUGGACCCAAAGCAGAAGUCCUGCCGUUGUGGACCCCGUACUCACACAGCCCGGCCUCGGCAUCACCACGACCACCGUCACCACCAUCACGCAAACGGGAGGCGGCUGGAGCACGGGCCUGUUUGAUGUCUGCGAAGACCGGACGACAUGUGUUGUCGGCGCUCUGAUGCCGUGCUGUCUGGACCUCAGUCUCGCUCACCAGUAUGGGGAAAGUGUGUGUACGCCUCUGCUGCCAGGCUCCACCUUUGCCAUGCGGGUUGGGAUCAGGGAGCGCUUCAAGAUUCGGGGCAGUGUGUGUGAGGACUGGACCACGGUGUACUGCUGUUACCCUCUGGCUGUUUGUCAGAUGAUCAGGGAGAUGAAGUGGAGGAUGAAGACCCAAACCUAUCACGUGUCCACUACCCUGGAAUGCUCCUGAACAACCUCUGGACGCUAAAUGAGACCUGAUCGUGGAAACUACUACAGAUGUGGUGACGGUGGCAGGAACUUGAACAGCUGUCCGAUUGGAGUCAAAGUGACAAACAGCUCCGAUGCAACACGUGUUUUCCUCUCUGCUUGGGGAAUUCAGCAAAACUUUCUGACAGGUGCACGUUUCAACAAGGAGAACCAGUGAAAUCUGGCAUGAUCCUCCUGUUGCAACCAAAGGUCUCCAGACACAUUAAAUCAUGCAGUCCCCGUCAGACAUGAAGGAAAGAUGGUGCAUGAGCACAUAACUAGAAGAGUUCUGUCCUGCUUGAACAAGAACAUUCAGUAUGAAAGCCGACCACACGGGCCGCAGCGUAGCUCCGAUUACAGUCUACAGUCCAAGUCAAGUUUGGUGAAAAGAAAAGCCAAUUUCCAUAUUUCUGUUAUUCUUUCAUGCAUGUAUUCCCCGAUCCAGCCCCAGGCAUCACUUCUACUAUUAAUCCAGUCCUGAUUGCUUUGGUUCCCUGAACCUGAAAUGCCAGCCACAAAGAACGGAUAUGAAAAUGUUAUUUAUACACAAAGAAGAUGGGUCCUCAAAGGGCAAAUCUGUAAUUUACCUCUUACAGAUGUUGCCCCCCUCCACCUGGCAGCUGCUCCAAAUACAACAGGGACUGGGAGAAAUUGCUUUGGUCUUUAAAAGGACUCCUCCAUUUCAGUAAAUUCAGAUUUUGCUCUUAUGUUUUUUAACUAUCAGUAUGACACUUAGUGAUUGAAACUUCCUAUCCAUAAGAACUGAAAUCUGUCUACUUGAAUAUUGGUUGGAUUGACCGACCAGUUUACAUCCCACUGUGGACUCUCAAUUCUCACUCUGCACAAAAGACCUAAAAAAACCCCAAAAUUCUUACUUGCUUCUGUGUAUUCAUGCACAUCAAAGAAGAAAUAAGAGCAAACAGACGAACAUUUUGCAACUUCCAAAUUCCCAGUCGAGCGAGAAAAUCUUUAAAACAUAUGCUCAGAG